AUGGCAUUUGCUGUUCCUAGCAGCAGCAUGGACUUGCAGCAGGAUAAUGGGUCCUGCGUGCCCAAUCAUCUCAAUGACAACAGGCUGAAAGUAGAUGACCCUCGAAUCAGAAGAAACUCCAUUCCUCCAGUUCAAAUGCCCACAGGAAAGCAUAUGCUUGCCUAUCUCCCCAGACCCCCUACGGAUACCAACAGAUAUGGAACUUUCCCUCAGAAGCCUGAAACAAUGGUUGUCUCUGCCACAUCUUGUGAAGAUAACCACAAACUGGAAUUACCACCACCCAAAAAAGGUAGCAUCAUCUCAAGCUUCAUACCGCUGUCAUACACCAACAGUGUCAAGGGAACUCGGCAUAGGAGAUUCAGUUCUAUAGAACCUACAAAUACUUGUGCUCCCCCUCCAGUUGCCAAGCAAAGGCCUAGUGUGACUAUUAACACUGAGGACUUACCCCGCUACCAACGAGCUGCCAAGCAGGAGAUGCCUAUUCGGGAAACCGUUUCAAAGUGGCAUCCCAAACAUGCCCUUAGUGUUCCAAAUAUUCCCUUGCGAAGUAAAACCCCAACCUGCAGUGUUGUCUCAACUCCAGCCACCUCCAAAUCACACAGGAUUCGUUGUAAACUCAUGUAUGACGAUCGUCAACUCUUUAACCUGACUAAUCGUCAAGCGCGUCAGAGGUAUGUCACCAAGGAUGGAAAAUGCAGGGUCAACCUUGGACGUAUUGAGAGGAAGAGGUUUUUGUCAGAUAUUUUUACUACCAUUGUGGAUCUAAAAUAUCGCUGGUUCAUUUUUGUAUUCAUGUUAUGUUAUAUUGUCACCUGGGUUGCAUUUGGAGUGAUUUAUUUUAUUGACGCCCUCCUUAGAGAUGACGUAAAUCACAUUGGGGAUCCUGAGUGGAAGCCUUGUAUUGAUAAUGUUGACACCUUCCUUUCUGCCUUACUUUUCUCUGUUGAAAGUCAAAGAACAAUUGGCUAUGGAACUAGGAUGGUAACUGCCUAUUGCCCAGAGGGUGUAAUAUUACUCAUGGCUCAGUCAAUCCUAGGAUCAAUGAUUGAUGCACUCAUGGUGGGCUGCAUGUUUGUAAAGAUUUCUCGGCCUAAAAAGAGAGCCGAGACUUUGAUCUUUAGUAAGAAAUGUGUGGUGUCUCACAGAGAUGAAAAGUUGUGCUUGAUGUUCAGAAUUGGAGAUCUACGGAACAGUCACAUGGUGGAUGCAAAGAUAAGAGCUAAACUUAUCAAAUCCAGGCAGACAAAGGAAGGUGAAUUUAUCCCAUUGGAGCAAUCAGAGAUCAACCUGGGUUAUGAUACUGGAGAGGACCGUCUGUUUCUGGUGGAACCUCAGAUCAUCUGUCACAAUAUAAAUGAUCACAGCCCUUUCUGGGAAAUGUCUGCAGAGUCACUGAAACGCGAACAAUUUGAAAUUAUUGUAAUAUUAGAGGGCAUUGUAGAAGCCACAGGAAUGACGUGUCAAGCCAAGACUUCCUAUACAGAAGAUGAAAUAUUGUGGGGUCACCGCUUUGAGCCUUGCAUGACUCUGGAGAAAGGAGCAUUCCGCGUUGACUACUCUCAUUUUGAAAAGACAUUUGAUGUCCAGACACCCUGGGGAAGUGCAAAGGAUAUGCAUGACCUCAAAGAGAGUGAGCAGAAUGACAGGUCGACUCUCAGCCUCUAUUGGGACAAUAAUAUGUUUCAGACAGGUCCUGGGUACCCCAAUACAGAAACAGAGAAUGCUUCUCAGGAUAACCAUGACACGGUGGACAUUCCCUGCUUUCCAGAAAACACUCGAGAUGGUCAAAGCAAUGACCUUGAUGUUUGA